AUGGUGCUGCUCGCCAGCUACUCCACGAAGGCACACACGACCAAGGAAUGGGAGACCGGUUCCGUAGGCAUCAAGCAGAACGUGAAACGCGGAAUGGGGCCGCCAGAACCUUUCGGUAAGGGUACUCUGUCCCGAAAGCCUCAAAGGCCCUCAACGGGCGGUGGCAUCCUCAGAGACCCUCCCAGUGUUUGUAAGCACACCCAGGAGGCCCUUCCAGGAGCAAUGGCACUCCCAGGGGCCCUUCCAGGAGUGUUAGCAUCCCAGUUCGGCUCAGGGUCCGUGGCACCCCUAGGGGCUCUCCAUCGAGCGACCCCAGGGCAGGGGUUCCCAGGGUCCCUGCCAGGAGCCGGCAGCCUCCAAGGGGCCUACAAGGGAAGGAGUGCGCUCAGGGGUACGCGCAGGGGCCCUGCCAAUGGAGGUUGCACCCUCAGGGCCCUGCCAGUGCGAUGGUGGUCUCAGGAACCCUCCAGAGCGUUGGCGCCUCAGGGGGCGGUGGCACCCCCAGCAGCCCUCCCACCGGCUUUGAACCCCAGGGUCCCUCCAGAGGCAGCAGGAUACCAGGGGUCUUUCCAGGGGCAGUGGCCUUCCAGAAGGCAGCGCCCCAGGGGGCCCUUUCAGGGGGUUUGUGCCCCAGGUGGCACACGCAGGGCUCUGCCAAUGGGAGGCAGCACCACGGGGCAGGAGACGGUCUCAGAGCCCCUCCCAGGGGGCGGUGGCGCCCUCAGAGGCCCUUCCAAGGGCGGCGCCACUGGGGUUCGUUCUAGGGAUAGCAGUGGCCCCAGGAACCCUCUCCAGGGCAGCGUCACCCCUGGUGGCUUUGCAGGGACAGGAAUCGCCCCAGAAGCCCUCCUAGAGCAACAGGGCCAACAGGGGCCCUCCAGAGUUUGGGGUUGCGCCCGUGGGGGCCCGUGCCAAUGGAGUGGCACCUUCAGGGGCCCUGUAGGGGUGGUGGCGGUCUCACACGGGCCCUCCCAGGGGACGGUGGCAGCCCAGGGCCCUACCCAGGGCGGUCUUCUUAAAGGCGCCGGCGCCCUCAGGAGCCUUCCGAGGGGCAGUGGCAGCCCCAGGGACCCUCAGGGUUGUAGUGCCCUGGGGUCCUGCCAGGGCAGUGGCACCCUGGGGGCCCUCCCAGGAGUUGGCAUCCUAGGGUCCUUCCAGGGCGGUGGAAUCCCUAAGGGCCCUCCAGGAUCGGUGACACCCCGAGGGGCCUUUCCAGGCGGUGGUACUCCCAACGGCCCGGCCAGGAGCAUUGGCGCCCUCAGGGGCCUCUAG